AUGGCCAUCCUCAAGAUCGAGUCCGCCGCCGACGCGCAACAGAAUCGACUGGUAUACAAAGCUGCGACUCGCAGACUCGUAUACUGGAUGCUGUGCACAGAGGUAGCACAAACCUACGAGCCCAUGGCCAGCCGACCCAAUGAUGCAGAGCCACUGACUCGGGAGAAUGCGAAAGCUUGCUCGCAUGAACUCAAGAUCAUUGCUCGAUGUCUUCGCGCGCUGAACACCGCUCUCCCUCCUGAAGUUAUUGCUUCCCUGGAAGUCGCCAUCAAAAGACGACAAGCCCAAGCGCGUUGGUACACCUCGGAUCCAGACUCCGAUUCCGCAAGCAACGCGUCUCACCAGCGAUUCAUCGAAACGCUGAUCGAACUUUUUGAGACUUUGACGGGAAAGAAGUGGAUGGAGAGGUUGUCUUUUCCUCGGCCAAGCAACGCUUCCAAGACUCGACACAGCAGCCACACGAACAAGUCCAACUACGUUCAAGCAGAAGGCGACACAGAUACUCAGAACUAYAAAAAUCGCUUCAUCGCACUCGCAACGGUGGACGUGGUGACCGUCGAAGCUGGCUGGUCGUGUUUCUACCCGCUGAACGACGCCCGACAGGAGCUCAUGGACUCUCUCGCGCUCGACAUGACAGAAGAUCGCACUGUUGAUGAGGUUGUCAUUUGUUUGAACGAAGGAGUACGAAACCUUCACGAACUCGGUAGCAGGCUGCAUUCUGCGUACUCCAAAGUGAGUGACGUGGAGGAUGUCACCGUUCUGGAAAAGCUUGAAGGUUUCAUGGGUGUCGAGCCCGAGGACGAACAGGACACAGCGCCGUCUCCGUCUUCGCGCAGUCGCAGGAUGGAGAGUCUCAUGCUGGAUGAGCUCCGAGCAUAUGUUCUCAACCUCAGACUCCCCGCCUUCAGGACCAGUGAGCAGCUGCGGGAAUWCCUCAAUCUCGAUGCGUUUUACAAGGCGGCUGUGGCGGCCGUGCAAAGCCAUCGGGUACCCUCAUCAUUCAUCUGGAUGUGGGAGCCGUAUUUCACGAUGAGGAACCUGCUGGCCCAACCGAACUCACCAUUCCUGAUUGCGCGAUCGGCACACAUCUCGGACGUGGAAUCGUCUCUCAGAACCAACAACGAUCAUUCUAUAGCGCAAGAACACGCAGCUAUCCGUGGAGCAAUCGUUACUGCACGCCAACUGAGUCUCAACCUGGGUAUACUGGGMGCGUCGGCAUACAAGUACCCCAUCUCAACAUGCCUCCAAAGCCUUGCGGUGAUGCUGUAUCAACACAGAGCGGGACUGAUUGGAUGCAGCGCGCGAGGAGAUGUUGGCCUCCUGUCUCAUAUAUAUGUCAACUCUGUUGUGUUCGACCUCUUCCCCGAGGAUCCUGACGAAGACGAAAGCCACAUCAACCAGUGGAACGAUAUGGAGACGGCGUUUGAGGCCCACGGGGAGAGUUUCGAUGCCUUGCAGAACUUUCCGAAACUCCUUGCUGAGGCGAACUUCUCCACCCGCGAAGAACACGAGGCUGCUGAGCUGGAGUCAGAGAUUGAAUGUCGCGCGCGAGCAGAGCGCCUCUUUCUGGAACGCUUCCCGGUACACGCAGGCAAGGCAACGAGUCAUGUGGACCAAGGCAAAUAUCCGCUCGAAUCUCGCUCACACCUUGAAGAUUGGCUGCGUGAAGGGAACGAUCUUUCAGCAUCCAAUAUCCAGGUGGUCUUUGCCAGGACAGCAGCGCGGUUUGAUUCGGCGUCCUUCUCGAAAGACUUCAGCAAGUUGUACGACGACACCUGCUUGGACUACAUCUCGUUCGCCAACUUCUGCAGCGACUUCCUGGAUCUGCUGAGCCAGCGCUCGGAGUCUCAUCCAAGCCACAGAGACAUAGUCGCCCAAGUGCUAGGUGAUACUGCUGCUCACGAACGGCUGCAUCCUUUGGCACUAUUACAGAUCAACAGCAAGUUGACUCGCAUGGCUGGACUGUUGAGGCGCGAGAAAGACAAAGACGGAGACUGUAUGCUUGUCAAUGCGGUGGUGUGGAAGCAGCAGAUGCUGUUCUGGAAGUUCAUUGACAUUUAG